GGAGACGCUGUUACGGGUAUAAGAAGCCAAGUGGACAGAUGUGCGCUGCCUUCUGUGCGCGUGAAGCAGCUUGGGCCACGCAUUUGUUGGCCGAACGCGCAAAAUUAUUGGCACCGUGCGUAAAAAUAUGGAAUUCGGCUAAUACAGCGUAAAGGGCGUAGUGAUUGGGGCGGUGGUGCUAAAGCACUAAGGUGUGUGAGUUAAUCUGAGUGAUGAUUCAGCGAGUGAUGGACAGUUCGCGGGAACUUCGGGUCCCACGUCUCAUCCAGCGCAGGUUGGGAUGAGACGAGCGGCGUUUGGAGGGAAAAGUUAAUCGGGCCGCGUCUCGUCACGCCCACGCGUAUAAAAGCAGCCGUAACAGUAGCGGAGUCGUCCUGACAUGCCUCCCGGCUGCGAAGAUGACACGUUUGGCGCGCGCGUCACGCUUCCAACACAACGGACACACCUCCAUGCUCCCCGCUGAACUUGGACCGAGGACGAGAUGGGACACGAUCACCUGCUCUCCGGGAGGACGGCGGUUCUGUGCUGGCUGCUCGUGAGCCCGUCAGUUCUCUGUCACGACCAGACCCACUCGCACGCAGAGGACGAGCUCUUCAACACGCUGUUUGAUGGAUACAACAAGUUGUCGAGGCCCGUGCCGAACAUCUCCGACGUGGUGAUCGUCAAGUUUGGCCUGUCCAUAGCGCAGCUCAUCGACGUGGAUGAGAAGAACCAAAUGAUGACAACCAACGUGUGGCUUAAACAGGAGUGGAACGACUACAAGCUUCGCUGGAGGCCGUCUGACUAUGACAAUGUGACAUCUAUAAGAGUCCCGUCAGAGCUCAUCUGGGUGCCAGACAUCGUUCUCUACAACAACGCCGAUGGUGAGUUCGCCGUGACUCACAUGACGAAGGCUCACCUCUUCCACACGGGUAAAAUCCGCUGGGUGCCGCCGGCCAUUUACAAGAGCUCCUGCAGCAUCGACGUCACCUUCUUCCCGUUCGACCAGCAGAACUGCAAGAUGAAGUUCGGCUCGUGGACCUACGACAAGGCCAAGAUCGACCUGGAGCGCAUUGAAAACACGGUGGAUCUGAACAACUACUGGGAGAGCGGCGAGUGGGCCAUCAUCAACGCUGUGGGGACGUACAAUACAAAGAAGUACGACUGCUGCCAUGAGAUCUACCCAGACAUCACCUACUUCUUCAUCAUCCGCCGGCUCCCUCUGUUCUACACCAUCAAUCUCAUCAUCCCGUGUUUGCUGAUCUCCUGCCUCACCGUCCUGGUGUUCUACCUGCCCUCAGACUGCGGCGAGAAGAUCACUCUGUGCAUCUCUGUGCUGCUGUCCCUCACCGUCUUCCUCCUCCUCAUCACAGAGAUCAUACCGUCCACGUCCCUCGUCAUCCCGCUCAUCGGCGAGUACCUCCUCUUCACCAUGAUCUUCGUCACCCUCUCCAUCGUCAUCACCGUCUUCGUGCUCAACGUGCACCAUCGCUCGCCCAGCACGCACAAGAUGCCCCGCUGGGUCCACUCCGUGUUCCUGGACCUGAUCCCGCGCUGGCUCUUCAUGCGGCGGCCCGCCCCGGACGGCCGGCGCCGGCGCCUGCUGCUCCUCCAGCACGGCCACGGCCGGAUCGCCGGGUUCAGACCCGGCGCCUGCCUCAGCACCUCAGCCAACUGGCUGCGAGAGGGGUCCUGGGAGGUCCCGGAGAGGAGCUGCUACGAGGACCUGGAGCUGGGGACUCUGACCUCGUACUUCUCCUUCCGCCCCCCCUCGCCCAGACCCCCGGGGUCUACUCCUCCCCCGCAGCAGAAGACCACGCCCAACAGCCUGAACCGGCAGGAGGUGCCCGGGGGGGCGGAGAGGCAGCUAGCAGGAAGCAGACUCAACCCCGCGCCUCGGCAGACAAACGCUGACAGUACUGUGUCCGAGCCAACGUUCCUGCUGUCGCCCAGCGUCAUACGGGCUUUAGAAGGUGUGCACUACAUCGCAGAUCACCUGAGGGCUGAGGAUGCAGACUUCAGCGUGAAAGAAGACUGGAAGUACGUUGCCAUGGUGAUCGACCGCAUCUUCCUGUGGAUGUUCAUCAUCGUGUGCCUGCUCGGGACCAUCGGCCUCUUCCUGCCCCCGUGGCUCGCGGGCAUGAUCUAGCGCUCACACAGACACAGCUGUGACCACGCCCACUUGGGUGAUGUCACAACUCGAAGUGUAGCUGGACUCGUGGAGCCACGCGGCCUCAAAUGGCUAUUUACACACCAUCAAACCCAAACUGAUCAGAUGAUUUCCACUAAUGAGGGGACAAAUGCAAGAGUCUGUUAUUUGUUGUUAACAUCUGUGUAUGUUGGGCUCCUGUAUCCACUAACUGUAGCAAAUGAACAAGGCCGUCACUAAAUGCUCA